GUGUGUGUGUGUGAGAGAGAGAGAGAGGGAGAGAGAGAGAGAAAGAGAGAGAGAACGAGUGCACAUGUACUCCGGGGACGUGUAACUACCAGUUAAAAGCAGCUGAACUUUCAUAUCCACUGGUCGCCAGCUUCACUUGCGGUAAUUAACUUGUUUUUUUUCUGCUUCAAUUUAUUCUGCCAGGAUUAUGUGUCACGUGAGACGGGUGAAGUUUUUUUCCUCCCCAAAGGCACCUGUUGAAGAGAUAGAAGAAAUGAAAUGACUUGAGCGCUGCUUUGCCUUUGGUAAUAAGGUGAAAAAAGUCAGAAAACGGUGCCCAUUGACGAUUUCCAGUGAAAUGCAUCUUAGGAGAGCUCCUUGCCGUGAGGCCCGAUCCUGAAUGUGCUCAGCAGCCAACUGUGUCUUGCCCCCACAGAGGAGCUGUGAGGGACUUGCUAACCCUGGAAGACCCCAUGGCAGGGUGUCGAUGCCCCCAAACACCCCUGGACCCUGGCUGCAACGAAACCCCUCCAGCACAGAAAUGGACUUAACGUGGCAAGAGCUGAUGGCCAUUACUGAGCUACAGGAGUUGGAGGUGCCCAAUGAAAGCCCAUUUGAGUCCUCUAUGUACCACUCCACUGAGCCAGUGGUAGCCAUGGGGGGAUUUGGAAUGGGUCAGCCCCCAAAUCAGUCACUUCUGCCCACCUGUGGUACCAAUCCUGCUGCUGCUGUUUAUGAGGGACCCUACUCCGAGCUAAUGCCAGCCUGCCAGCGCCCAGGCACCACCGCUGAGGGCCUCUAUGGACCUCCCAGGGCUCAGCUGUCCUGCAGGAUGCUCCCCGGCCCCCACUCACUGCAGCCCCCCAUGGUGAACAUCCUAGAGCACUUGAGCUUUGCGGGGACCAACGAGGGGCCCUCAACGGACAUUAUGGGUAACCCGCAGGGCCACGGCCGCACGUCCCUGGGGAUCGGACCUGGGGUGUACAAACAACAAAUCGCCCCCGACGAUCUGGAGUCCGACUCUGGACUGUCGCUUGGAUCUAGCCCUCCCCUGGCUUCUCCUGGGACUGCAGCAGUGACAAGUGUGCCAGCCUACUCAUGCGCAGAAGUGCGUCUUGGCUACAGUGACGGGGAGCCCCUGGAGAUGGAGGGCAUGGCCGAUCACUACAGGGCCAGGGCUGACCGCUUUUACUCCAUGGAGCACCAGCAUCCCGGCAACCCUUACCCCUCCUAUCCUGCACCACCCUCUUCUUACUUCUCACCAGCGCCCAGUCUCCCCCCUCCACAGCUGCAGCAGCAGCAGUCUGUGCAGUUGAAACGGCACCAAGUUUUACCCUCUGUGCCACACGACUUACAUCUUAAUGGGUCCAGCAUGGCGGGCACCCGGGCCGACUCCUGCCGUGCCAUUUACAGCAGGCCCAAGGGAGCAGCUGGGACCCCUGGGGUGGAGGCCCCUCUGACCCGGGACGAGCGGCGAGCCAUCGCACUGAAGAUCCCCUUCCCGCUGGACAAAAUCGUCAACCUGCCGGUGGACGACUUCAACGAGCUCCUGAGCAAGUACACCCUGAGCGAUGCACAGCUUGCCCUCGUCCGCGAUAUCCGCCGGCGGGGCAAAAACAAGGUGGCCGCCCAGAACUGCCGCAAGCGCAAGCUAGAGAACAUCGUGCACCUGGAGGGGGAGCUGGGGCAGCUGCGGGCACGGCGGGAACACCUGGCGCAGGAGAGAGUGGAGUACCAGCGCAGCCUGGCCCUGGCCAGGUGCCGUCUCUCAGACCUCUAUGCGGAAGUGUUCUCCAAGCUGCGGGAUGAGCACGGGCAGCCGUACUCUCUGGAGGACUACACUCUGCAGCAAACCAACGAUGGGAGCGUCUUCCUGGUACCGCGCAAUGGCAGCGAGGAAGGAGAGCUCGGGUCUCAUGGGACCUUUGUGGCCCAUUAACACAAAAGACAUCUGCCCAGUUAGCCUCUUCUACUUUGUGUAGGCUGGGCUCUACCCAACCCUUGCCCUGUGAGGUUGCAAUAUCUGUAGGCCAUCCUUCCAGCUCGGCACUUUACCACCAGAUUUAUUGACUAAUUUUGCUUACCUUACUGGCUAUCAGAAUCUCAGAGGUUUUAAAGUGCUGGAAAUUCUGCAGAUCGUCAACUCUGCAGGUUCAGCGGCCUUGACAGAGACCUGGGGCACUUUAAAAGCUAAAGGACACUUGCAAUUAGUGCCAUUAGUUUCUUCCUAAAUACAUUGACAAUUCAGAACAAGCAUCUAAAAUGAGGGCUGCAAAUGGAAAGCACUGAUGUUUGGAUUAAAAUGAGGUAGCCCUGCAUUUGCAGUAAGAAAUGAAACUGGAUGCAUUACACCACCUAAACAUUAUCUGGAUAUUAGCUUACAAGUGCCUUUUCUAGGAGGCCAGUUACUACUGCUAAAGUUUCUAAUAUUUAAUAUUGGCUUCUACUCAAAUGCAGACAGACUUCCAGGGUAAAUCAUUAUUAAACAUGUAUGCUAAGAGCCCUGAAUUUGGGAGUGUAUGGCCAGGAGUCAACACUUAAAGAUGCUUGCUGUUUUGCUGUCAAGUUAAGCAGGAUUCAGGUUACUUUUUUCAACUCCACAAGCUGAAAACUCUGUAAUGAUUUUCACACUGUC